GCAUAUGUAUAUUGAAUACGUUCGUAUAACGGAGCGCAGAAGAGGAGGAGGGGCAGGGAGGAGGAAAAAAGUAUCUGAGAAAUUUAGGCACCCAGCCAAGUGACCUCGAGUAUAGUAUAAAAAUAUAUGGCCGUCUGAAAAAUGGAUAAUUAAAGUAGCUCCGAGCUGGUUUCUUCGCUUCUCGGCAUAUUCGUGGUGGAAAUAAAUACCCUUUACAUCGAUCUUGGAAUAUGGUAUGUAUUGGAGGCAGGAAGAUAAAUUGGAACGAUCAUUUCUCGAACAGCGGAUUUUUCCCAGCUCGGUUCAUCCUGAAUCGGGGUACUUUUUCACCGAUCGAAAUAGUCUGUAAGACUGCAGCUUCCGCUUCUUAUAAACAGGCUUAAAGCUCGGAAGAAGGAUUUCCAUCCGGCCGGAGGCUGUAUCUACGAGAGUCUUAUCUGUAUGCUUGGAAAGGCGAAGGUUGCCUCGUGCCAAACUUUCUGCAGGGUGGAAAAUUGCAUUCCAGAGACGUCUCCGAAUAACCAGCUGUUUCAACAACAGUAAUUACCACCUAGGCGUUACUUCGUGGCGGGUAUAUUUCGGCGGGAAAAUUUUUAGCAGAGAGAGAGAGAGGAACAGAAAGAGAGAGACCGAUUGGUAGUCAUCAUUGCAGGAGGAUAACUGGGGAAUUUCCGGUUGGCCAGUCGGCGCUAAGCCGACGUUCUUUUGCACAGCGCGAAAAUAGUCAGUGGUGAGAUUGUACUGUUGGAGGGUGGAAAAGUGGAGUGCGAUAGUGAGCGUGAAAGUGAGUCGUCGAUCCAUCACCCUGCAAGAGGUUUAAAUGUUUGAGUGGCAUCCAGAAUGGUGCAGGCGGUGGUUCAAAUCCUGCGCCAACUUUUACCCGUACUUCUACUCGCCGGCGCAGCUACAACUGGACUUACGGGAAUGGUUGGCAGUCAGUCUUCGAAGUCUCGUUCGAGUCCGUUUUACGGUUCGUCGAGUUCGCCGACAGAGCCGAGAUCCCGAGUUAAAGACUUCGGAGUAGUCGGUCGCUCGAUAGCGAAAAGACAGCUGCAUUCCGGGGGUGAAGAUAACCGCGGUGUUCCGAGUGGCGGGGCUUCCACCGCACCUUCAUCCCUCUCUUCCUCAGCUUCGGCAAUCCAAUCCAUCCCCAUUUCAGUUUCUGGCUCAAGCGACUUGCCGGAACGAGGAUGGAACGGAACAUCCCUGAUGUCGAGGGGCAGCCUCCUUCGGGACGCUUUGGUCACCUCGGCGAAGGAGGUCGGCUUCCUGCGGCCAAAUUCUAGCCGCGGAACCAGAGACGCGCCGGGAAACGACUGCGACAGUUUCGCCAUCGGUAAACCGGAGAAGCAAGAGUUUUACAGCCCAAAUUGGCCGGACAAUUAUCCCAACCAAACGGACUGCGUUAGGUUGCUUACAGCGGACAAGGGCAUGCUUCUGAAGCUCGACUUCCGGGAUCGGUUUGACAUGGAGCCGAGUGACGGCUGUCGCUUCGACUUCCUGGAGGUUCGUGACGGACAACACGGAUUUGCCAAAGAGAUUUUUCAUUGGUGUGGCAAGGAUUUUCCCCCCGUGGUCAUUUCGCAGUCACGGUACCUCUGGCUCCGAUUUCACAGUGACGAGAACAUCGAGUACGGGGGAUUCAAGGCCGUUUGGAGCAUGAUACCCCGGCCCAUGGAUAAGGUGAUACCGGAGCCGGAGUCCUGUAUGAUAAAUAAAACGGGAUUCGAGGCAAACAUCAACAGCGAGGAAGUAGAGGAUCAGAAAAAUAUAGCUGAGAAGAACGGAGUGGCUCUUGACUGUAUGUGGUCCGUGAAUGUCGAAGCGGGAUGGAAGAUCCAGCUUUCUUUUACGAAAUUCAAACUGCAGAGGCCGAACGAGUGUGACAGCAACUUCGUCGACAUCUUCGGGGAGCGGACUGACCUGCCCUCCCGGCUCAAGAAUUUCUGCGGAAGCACCGCAGACCUCGUCAGCACUGAAACCAACACCCUUUAUCUCCGGUAUUACGCUGAGCCAAGGGCUCUCAAUAGCACCUUCACAUUUCUCGUCACUGCCUUUAGAGAAAAGGGGGGCGAGAAUUCGAAAUGCCGUGAAGGAGAAUUCGACUGCGACGACGCAAGAUGCAUCAAUGACACUCUGAAGUGCAACGGAAACGACAACUGCCGUUUCCGAACAGACGAGGAGCCCGCGACGUGCGGGAACAACGGAGGCUCCGUCGCUAUGAACUCGGAACACAUAAUCAUCAUCCUGGUCGUAUUCUCCCUGAUAAUGUUCGGCAUGAGCUUCGCGUUCGUCUUCAACUGCGUCCGGAAGCUGAUCAGAGACCACAGGAUAAUCCAGGAGCACAUCCGUCAGUCGCGGGAGAACCGUCUGGACGAAAUCGGUCGUAAAACAACGCCAUGUCCUCUGUCGUCGACACGAGUCGACUCCUGCGAUCAUCGAGGAUCCAGCGAGUCUCCGAGCCUGGAAGUGGCGCCAAGCAAAGAGCUGCUUCCGCCGCCAACGACAGGUUCCUCCUGCGCCUUGAUGGGGCACGAUUACGCCCGAGAGCUGCUGGCAAGGGAGACAGACUACUCGGCUAUGGAGAUAAACGACAUCCACCGCAGCAACAACGCGAGCAACGCGACCCAGGAACGGCUUCAGGAGUCGAGCGAGGAGCCCGAGACUCGCGACAACGCUUGCCAGACGAGGGAAAGCCUCUUCGACGGCGCUCCGAUACCCCGGAGGACGACUUCCGGUUCCCACUGCUCCGGAUGUGGCUGCAGUCCCAGCGCCACCUGCACCCGCCACAGCGCCCUCAUCCCACCCCCGCCCCACGGCUGGUCCCUCCACGACCCCCGGUUCCCCGAACCUCCGGACUACCUCUGCAGCUACCAGCGAUUCCAGAGCCCGAAGCCGGGUAACCGCGAGCCUUUCCACUCCCCCGGGAAGUUCUCCCGGCAGAGCACCAUUGACUCGGGAACGACCGGGACGACCGCCGGGUCCCAGCACUCCUCGGGGAGCGCUCCCUCCAACCAAACCACCGCUGGUACGCCGACCUCCAGGCGCAACGACCCCAGGUAUCGGGCCGAGGCCGUCAUCGAGCUGCCCGAACUCGAGCGCCGGCCCUUCAGCAUCGAGAGCACCAAGAGCGCCCCCGACGUUAUCGCGACCCACUGACGGCGGAGCGCCGGGGGUGAGUGGGAACCUUACCGAAGGCGGCAUCCCCGACGCGUCAGCGUCGCCACCCAGAGCUCCCUCGACGACGACGACGAGGAGGACGAGGACGAGGACGAGGACGAGGACGGGGCUCGU